AAUAAAUUGUGUUCAAGCUGUACCAUCUUCGCUUGGCAAAGCGUGUGACGUCACCCGUGGCUAAACAAUUUCGGUGUACACGUGCUUUCAUCACAUUUCGGAAAAAUCAAUACAUUGAGCGAUAACAUCAUUAUCAUUGAAAGCAAAUGAUCAUAUCACAACUCCGAAUACCGAUGCUCCACCAGCUUAUACUGAAGCACCGCCGACAUACACUGAAACAUCUGGAACUACACCUGGAAUGCCGACAGAUUUGUCCGAGACUCAAAGGUCCCAGCAGCAAAUCAGUAAUUGGAGCAUAGCAUUCCUUUGUAUGCUCAUUAUAUACAUUUCUUUUAUCUGUUUAAUUAUCGCCGCACUCUGUACAUGA